CCAGCGGAGCUCCCGCCGUCCGACACUCCUCGUGUGAGGGGCGGAAGGGCCGCCCGCCGAGGCGGAGCGGGGCUUCGCUGUGGAGGAUCGCCAUCAGGAGAAAGCGGGAGUCGUUGCUUUGCGGGUCAGGGGUCAAUGGCACUGGGCAGCCAGAAUGGGCCGAGCUCGGAUAGGGCACCAGCAGGCACGUGAUGCUCAGGCCCACUCCCCAUAGGCCGCUCUGGGAUUUAAAGGGCCCGCACCCCACCGCCUGUUGUUAUGUUAAAGGACCCGCAGCCUCUGGUCCCGGGGCAGCCUUGUCGGCGGGCAGCCGCGGCAUGGAUGGCACUGGCGCAGCGUCAUCAGAGAGACCUCAACCCUGGCGCAGUGCAGUCAGAAGGCCUACAACCUUGUUAAUUGGCCCCGCCAGUGAAUAUACCCUGUGAGGAGCAGUUACUGGUGUCCCAUAGUUUAGUGGCGGGUCGUUAAAGGACGGAUUGUCAUGUCCAGUGGAGAGCUGUCAAGAAGCCAAUAGUCAGUGGACAGUUCUUCAAGGACCAGAAAGAUUGUGCCCCGUGGAAGGUUGUUUAAAACCUUCACUCCUCAACAAUCCACUGCUGAGCACUCCUACAAGUGUUAUGUCACAUGGCGUCCCAAUGAAUGUUCAUGAUCAUUGUUAGGCCUUUGGGUCAUGUUGAGUUGUGCAGUGUGACAGAGCAGAAUGGCUGAGCAACUUCACAGCAUCAACCUCCAGAAUUUCAGCAGAUCCCUUUUGGAGACUCUGAACUCACAACGCCUUGGCGGCCAUUUCUGUGAUGUGACAGUACGUAUCCAUAACACAGCUCUCCGAGCCCACCGCUGUGUGUUGGCUGCGGCUAGCCCCUUUUUCCAUGAUAAACUCUUGUUGGGUUACAGUGAGAUUGAGGUCCCACCUUUGGUCUCAGCCCAGACUCUGCGACGACUGGUGGAUUUUAUGUACAGUGGCUCGCUAAUGGUCUCUCAUGUGGAGGCUCUACAGAUCCUCACAGCAGCGAGCGUCCUUCAGAUUAAAACCAUUAUUGACGAGUGCACACGAAUUAUUUCACAAAAUGCCCCACAAAAGGCUCAGGGGGACCAGCCAUUAGCCGGUCAAAAGGUGGACCUUUCUGAUGAGAAGGAAGCUACUCUUUGCCAGACAGCCGGUGACCAGAUCCACAAGUUUCCUAUGGGCUUUAUUGAAACAGCGUUGUCACCCCACACAGCUGAGAGAGAGUUUGACUUUGUGCAGGGAGGCUCAAAGAACACAGCCACAAGUGAUGGUGGGUACAAAGCAGAAGAAAUGGUCCCCACUCUGUGCAGGCAACAAACGACAGCACGUCAGAAAGGAGCUGGAGAGCAGGCCAUUCCUGACCAGGAGAACCUGUCUCUCAUGGACACCGGUCGGAAUAGUGAGGUGCGUGCACUCUGGUACAAUACUGCAGCCAACCAGCGACCCGAGGUAGGGCUAUUGCCACAAGGUAGUCACAGCCGCAAACAGCGGCAGCCAAUCAGGCUCCAAAUGGCUGAUGGAAGUCAAGUGACCAUCAAAGAAGAAGACGAUGAUCUCCUUUACUGUGGGGAGAGCAUCGCUGUCCAGACUGUCCCCAAUCAAACCACAGAGCAGGUCAACCAAGGUGAACAGACUGAGGAGAUCCCUGAGGCGAAUGCGUUUGACCCCAACCAGAGUGCAAUGGGAGACCGAAGAGACUCUGGUGGUCAUCUGAGUUUGAGCAGCAAAGGAGAUGAGAUGGAAUUUUUCAAUGCUAGUGAUCUCUUACCAGACGAACUGAAGUCCUUUUGGCAGGGAGAGAAGGAGGAGAAGGACACUGCCAUACAGCAAAAUCGCAAAGCGGACUGCAAGUCACAGCUUGAGGCUCCAUUCCCACGGUCUUCAACAUUUAUGCAAGACUUUCUCCCGGGAUCGACCAUACAAUCCAACCUACGUAACCAGGGCUGCUCUGCACAAUAUGAUGUUCAAGGAGAUGCCACCGUGGCCAGCACAACUACUCACCGCAACCUCUACCCAAUGGGCCUUCCUCAGUCUCCUCACCUACCACCAUUGGCAUCCACCUCCCAGACGUGUAUGUCCAGCAUUCCAGCUCAGACAACGUGUCAGAAUCCCCCAGUAUUCCCAGAUGGAGGCCAAGCAGUGCCAGUGUCCGCUCCGGCUCCAGCCAGUCAGAUUCCCAGUGAAGCUGAGCGGAAACCCUAUGGAUGCACACAAUGUGGGAAAACUUUCAGCUCCAGGCAGAACUACGCCAAGCACAUGUUUGUUCACACAGGUGAGAAACCUCAUCAGUGCAGUGUGUGCUGGCGAUCAUUCUCGCUCAGGGACUACUUGAUAAAACACAUGGUGACACACACAGGCGUCCGAGCGUACCAGUGCCCGGUGUGCAAUAAACGCUUUACUCAAAAGAGCUCCCUCAACGUACACAUGCGGCUCCAUCGUGGCGAGAAGGCCUUCGAGUGUCACGUCUGUAACAAGCGUUUCUCACACAAGACUCUGCUGGAGAGGCACAUGGCCACACACAUAAUAUAAAUGCCGGCGCACUGGGUCCGAGCCAUACAAAUCCACACCAGGUUUGCCUGGGAAGAUCGAUAUACUUGGUAAACCCAUGCCUCGCGCACCAAGGGAGUUUUAGCCGGGGAUAUAAACCAGCUUUUGUGUGAAUGCAGUAUUAGGAAGAGGUAGACCAUAAAACUGGGAACAGUUGAACCUUCCCCUGCUUUCCUCCCCCCUCCCUCCCCCCAAACUUCCACCAAACCCUGCAGGAAUUUUCAAACACAGCUCAGAGUGGCUGCAUCAGCCAGGGUCACACUCAGGCAACACAGAACAGGAAGGACCCAGCUCCCGGGUCUCUGUUGAGGUAACUAAUCUGAGCCACAGUCCAUAUCCAUUGGUCAGAGAGAGGAACACCUGCAGAGUGCACUAGCCAUUAGUAGAUGUUUUGAUGAGUUCAGUUUGGCUGUGAUGCAUCUGAACAGAUCAUAGAUAUAGUCGUGUUCGCCCCAUCACAUGAGUAGAGAGGGAUAAAGGGCUAUCCAGCCUACCUGUGUUUCAGAGAUCUUAACCUACAGUACUGUACUACACAACACAAUGACGUAUUGCCUUUAUAUAGUGCCUUCGUUGGAGCAAAAUAUCCCAGGGUGUUUCACAGGAGCAUUUUUAAACAAAAACAUACCUAGCUUCAUAAGUAAAUCUUCAUGCAAAUGAACAAAGGCUUGGUCAACAAAGUAGGUUUUAAAGAGCAUCUUAAAGGAGGCGUGAGAGGCAGAGAAGUUUAGGAAGGGAAAUCCAGAGCGCAAGACUCAGGCAGUUGAAGGCACAGCUGCCAGCAGAAGAGUAAUUAAAUUCAGGGAUGAUCAAGAGGAUAGAAGUGGAGAAGCAGAGAAAUCUCUGAGGGAAUGUGGUUCAAAGGAGUGAAAACAUCAAGGCAAUUUUAUAUGUUACUGCUUAAUUGGGACCCAACAUAGAUCAGUAAGCACAGAAUUGAUGUGUGAAUGGACUCAGUGUGAGUUAGGCUCAGAUUUCCAUGAGAGGCCAGCCAGGAGUGUGUUGGACUAAUCAAGAAUGGAAGUAACAAAGGCAUGACGGGGACCGUCCACAGCAGAGACUGACAGCAGUUAGCUGAGCAAUCUGGUCUAUUUAAAUGGAGUGAAUUCCAGACCUUACGUCUACAGUUCUCCACCACCACCACCCCCCACCCCCCCCCCCACCAAUCCUUCAACCUAUUACUAUAUCUUAUUCUCCUACUUAUUGACCUGCUAAAGAGAGUUUAUCCCUUUUACCCAUCAUGUUUGGUCUUUCACAGUUUUAUACCUCGGUUAAAUUUCCCUUUGGCCUCUAUUCCAAAACAAAUAAACCCAAUUUAGCCAAGCUUCCCUCAUAGUUAUAAUUUUUCAGCUCUGGUGAUAUCCUCAUAACCCCUUCUGCACUCUCUUGUACUUCCACUACCUUCCUAUAAUGUGGUAACCACAUCUGUACAAAUACUCCUGCUGUGGCUUCAUUAAUAUUUUAGACAGUUCUCGUGUGACCUUCCAGCUUUUGCAUUCUCUGGAAUAAAGGAAAAGAUCCUUUAUUCCAGCUGAGCCAUGAUAGCAGAUUUAACAAGUUGAACAGCCCGUGGUUUUUUUUCUGUCCAUGUUGUGUGAAGAAUGGGCCAAUUGGACAAUGUAUCAAAGGUCAUGUGGGGGUGAACUUACCAGCAUGGUAUCUUCGGUGUGACAUGCAGUUAAAUGACUAGGUGAAACUCCCAUGCUGAAAAGUCACAACCCCUUUUAAAAUAAUCUAAUUCAUGAUAUUGUUAAAGUUUGGGACACUCAUUGAUCAGUUUUUCAUCAGCUGAGUAAUCGUGUGCUUUUGGUAGAGAUGCAGAGGCUUCAGUGAGGGACUAAUUGCCUACAAUUUCAAGGCUCCUCAACUUUGGCUGUGCAUUUUAUUUAAUUAUUCAGCUGAUAAUUCGACAACCAGCUACUUCAGCUAUGCCUUUCCUAAUAUUUUAAACUGCUGUCUGAAAUAUUUAACUAUUUAAAAAAUUAAUAACACGCGGCGCUCGGAUAUAAUCACUGUUAAGAGUGAAAUCCAGGCCAGUAGCUUGACGUGUUGCAGUCUCCAUCCUCGCUGCAUGUCGUGUUUUCCUAAAGCUGCUGUAACAAUUACUUGUCUUGCCUGUGCCUGAUGGCAGUACCGUAGUAGCCACACUUGUCAGGACCACCCCACCCCCACCACAAUUCCAGUUGAUCUACCAGUGUAAGUGGAGUUUCAUUUAAUGACGGGUCGUCCUUAUUCUGCCCAUGUCUUCCCAUAUCUUCCACCCUUCCGGUCACAGUGAUUGAGAGCUGGCACCCUUUUUCCUUUCCCUCAGGAAAAGCCAAUGUAUCACCAGAUAUUGGCAAUGUCUUACCAUAAUCCCUACUUGGGCCCACAGGGAGAUGUAGACAUGGUACAUUGGGACUUGCAGUGCUAUUGGCCUGGUUUGGAAGGGCUGAUGACUUUUGCCAGUGCUUCCCCAGUAUUUUAUUCUUGAUUAUGAAUAUGUGUUUAUCACAGCACCUUUGUAGCCUCAGACAGCCCAGCAGUAGCAACCAGCCAAAGGUUUACAGGAGUAUACAGGCUGUGAUAAAUUAGCUGAUUGAAAUCGGGAGCUCUACUGCUCAUUUUGGCAUCCAGAUUGCUAAGAAAGUCAAUCACUGUUCUGCUCCAGAUUAAGUAUCAGGGAGCAGACUGAAGGCAGAGCGAUGGCAGGCUACGAUUGCCUCCUUUCCCAUCCCAUCACAAUUAAGUGGCUUGUCAAUGUUCAGACAUAAUGACAGUGAGUAGUUGUUAGUGCUGUCUAGAGAGCUGAAUGUCACAAGAUGACCUUUGUGGCAGGAGUUAGGAUGUUUACACCUCAUUGUAAUGAUUUUAAAAAUUACACCCACAUGGUUCUCUGCUGAUGGGAAUCUUUAUAUAGCUGUGUCUUUGCCUGCAUUUGUUGCAAAGUGAGUUAUAGUUAUCUUUAAACAAUAUUUGGAUCCUGACAUUGACAGUGGGUAUCCUUACAGCAACAGAAGCAAGGCAUGACCCCAGUUUCCAGCUUCUCUCAAGUAGAAACAGAAGGUCAGUCAGGGUGCUGGUGAAAUAUGCAGCCCAGCAAGCUGAAUGUUAAAUGAUUUUCCUCUUACUGCUUCAGCUGUGGCUGCGAUUCUGCAGCAGUCUUGAUCUGUGGGACUGCCGGCCUUUUCAGCCAGAUUUAGCGUGCUGUGUAGAAGGAUGGCUGGACAGAACACCAUGUGGAGGUUGAUUUCUGAUCCAGUGCCAUGUGAUGGCCCUAGAACAGUUGCUGCGCUCUGUGGUCACUUGAUCCUUGUCCAGUGCAUGUUUAACUGAUGAUUAAACACUGAUUGGCGCAGUGGGGGUGUUGAACCCUUGCCCAUGCUCUGGAAGCCUGAUUCCAUUGUGUAAGACCUUUAGACAGUGCUGUAAAAUCAGAAAAAUUUUGCCAGUUUCUAAUCAAUCACCAAAACACCAAAAGGGUCCAAUGAGUGUCUGCAACAUUAGAUAUGGCUAUCAUAUUUCAUAUUUUCAUGUAUACAAAGCUUACACACUUAGAGAGCAUCCUCUUGCCAAGCAAUGUACUGCUGCAGGAGUUUUCUAGAAAUCCUCCAGAGAUUUGCUUAAUAGCUUCACUACUAUCCUUGUCUUGCCCUAUCAGUAAGCAGAGUCUGUGUAUCGUUUUGUUGUUGUGCUUCUUGACACUCAGAUCCCAAGCUGGUGUAGAUCCAGUACUUGAUCCCACCACAGAAGUUAUACCAGCUCAAUCCACCUCUGUCUCAGUGGAUGAACGUACCACCAGCUGUAGAAAUGACCCAACAACUAAGGGUUUCAAGUUCAUUUCUUUGUGUCCUGGCUGGGAUUUCUGCUCCUAAUCUCCAUCCAUUGGUCAA